UCCGAUCGAAAAAAUCAAAAUGAAAAUCAAUCCAACCCAAAAAUCAUAAUUAACCCAAGUCAUAGUUUAGUUGUAGUUUUUUUCUGAUUGUUUCUUCGUUCAGAUCACCCUUCUCCAGCAACGGUGCCGUGGUGGUGUACUUGUCUCAAACAUUACAAGCCUAAUCAAGAAUGGCACUAGUUGAACCCGUCGCAUUCUUACAAAUCAAAAUCGACGACGAGGUGAUAGGUUUUCUAGACAUUAAACUUAACAUAAAUGUGACACCAAAAACCGUUACAAAUUUUCUCAAGCUUUGUAGUGGCGAAGUUGAGUAUAAAUACUACCAUGAUUCCUACCAUUGCUAUAAAAACUCAAUUUUCCACAGGAUUACCCGUAGCUUUUGCCAGGGAGGCGAUUAUGAAUUCGGAACCGCGAUAGGAGGUCAUGCGCCAGAAGGGAACUUUAAAAACGAAAACUACGACUUGAAACAUGUCAGUCGCGGCGUGGUAGCCAUGGCGAAUAGAGAUCCGAAAAAAGUCAAGUCUCAAUUUUAUAUCACAUUUCGGGUUUGUGACUGGUUGGAUGGAAAACAUGUGGUGUUUGGACAUGUUACUGAGGAGUCGAUGGGAGUUCUGAAAAGAAUUGAGGAAGCUGCAUCCGAUGAUGGGGAGCCUAUCAAAAACGUUGUUGUAGUUGGGUGUGGGGAAGUGAUCAAUGGAUAUCGGGUUUUCGCAGCGAACGAGUACACGAGAGGACAUGGGAGGUGAAAGCUGAAGUGACUCGAAGAAGCUCGAUUGCUGUCUAAUUUAGGAGUAAUAGUGUGUCUUCAAAAAAAACAAGGAUAUAAGUGUUCUUUUGACUGUUGUUGGUAGGUUAACCUCACUGAUGUUGUACUUCUGGUAACAAGAAUAUAAGUGUUUGUUUGUGUGUUGUUUAUCCUUUUUAUAUACUUUAGUGCCUUAGCUUGACUUGAUUCUAA